GUGGACGGCGCGCUCUCUCCCGAGCUGAAUGGUAUCAAGGCUUCAUUGCUCUUCCCGUUGCUGGUCGUUCUCGUCGUCGGAGGGAAGGUGAUGGUGCAGCUUGUGGGACAGUCAAUCGGAGCCGUCAUCAGCUUCCUGACGUCCGUCAGCGAGAUUCAAGACGAGACCGUCCUCAUCGGCAGCCUGCUUUUGUUCAUCCCCCUCGCCGCACUUCUGCCGCACAUCAGAGAACCCGCCUAUAGGAGAUGCUACUCGUCUGCCAUCGGAGCUGUGAUGGUCAUUCUGCUGUUCGGGGACGAGCUGUGGUGCUUCCUGGCGCUGGUCAUCUCGGGCUAUGUGCUCACGAGGUGGCUGGCGAAUGCACGCUGCUCGUGCACAGGCUUCGCUGUGGUCGGCCUGUGUUUCACUUUCGCCAACAUCGUCCGGCUGCUGGCGUGGAAGGGAUUCAUCACCCUGUCGCUGCGGAGCGACGUGGCGUUCUACAUGCUGACUCUGCGGCUGGGGGCGUUUGCCUUCCUGACGCAGGACAACACCGUGGGGAAGCAGCAGUGGACGAUGCCGUCAUGGCGCGACUUCUGCGACUUCAUCCUGUUCUUCCCAUGCAUGUGGUCGGGCCCCAGCCUGACCUACCCCCUCAUCAUGGACACACUCACGCAGCCCGCCCCCCCAUCCCCACCGUCACUCGCUGACAUGGCCACCUUCGCCGUCCACAGGGCGUUCGACUCGGGUCUGCACUUCUUCGGCUACUUUGUCCUGGUCCCCCUGUUUCCCCUCAACGGGCUGCUGUCGCCCUCCUUCCGCACGGCCCCUCUCUGGUGGCGGCUGGCGUAUGUCUGCGUGCCGGUCUUCGGCAAGAGGUGCCAGAUCGUCAUGGCCUGGUACUUCGCCGAGGUGGCGUGUUUUGCCGCCGGGCUGGGGCUGCAGAAGCAGGGCAACAAAUACGCCUACCUGCACAUGGGGCUGCUCAGCGCAUUCACAAGCGGUGAUGCGCUGGGGGACGACCGCAGCCCCGUCAAUGUGGGCAGCAGGAACAGCAGCGACGAGAAGCUCAGCGAGCGGCGGGGCGACUUCCUGGCCUUCGACUGGCGCGUGGAGAUAUCGGAGGACAUGCGGCUGCUGGUGCGGCGGUGGAACACCAGCGUCCAGACAUGGCUCGCAUACAACGUAUACAAGCGGCUGCCAAUCAGGUCAGCUCGGUGGGACAAGACAGGGUCCCAGAAACACUUCAUGUUGUGUCGAUGGCGUGGCCAUCCAUGCCAUAUAUCAGGAGUAAGCUGGUGAAGCGUCUGAUCACCCUGACGGUGGGUGCAUUCUGGCACGGCAUCUCGCCGGGCUUCUACAUGUCCUUCUGUCUCUAUCCCUUCGCCGACUUCUGUCAAGAGCUGGCUGGCUGGCAUGCAGUCUGGCCGGGCGAGUCGCUGCCCGCACUCAAACUGCUCAUCAAACUGGUAAGUAACCUCACACACACACACACCUGACACAUGACAGCUCAUGUGGGCGAGUGUGUGCAGGUGCGCGUGUUGGGUACCCAGAUCUUGCUGAACAGUCUGUUGCUGCCGUUCGUGCUGCUGGAUUUCCACUCGUCUCUGCUGGCGUGGUAUCACUGCGACCUGCUGCCCUUCUGGUUCAUGGGCGCCCUCCUGCUCUUCGGCAUGGCCAGGAGCGCACUGGCGGGGCCGACAUAUGGAUCGCACAAGCAGAAGCAGCAGGCGGAUGCCGCAGCUGGAGCUGCAACUGCCCGUGGGCUGAAUGGGCGUGAGAAGGACAUCAAAGGCAGCUAGCUAGGUGGCCAGCUCUGACCUGACCUCUGACAAUGAGGGUGCCACUGGUGGGAUUGCCUUCUCGCUCUCUCGCUUUAUUGCUGGCCGGCCGAUUGCCGGCGGUGGGUGUGGUGUAAUGUAUUGGUGUUUGUCGGUCGGUCAGCCAGUGAGCCGAUGACGAGAGAGUGAGAGAGCCACUGACUGUGUCGUGUGUGUAUAACUAUAGCUAUUUUCAGCUACCGCACUAGCUAGGGACUGUGGAUGGAGUGAGGCCGGUGGGCACUGGGCUAUGUUUGUGUGGACACUGACACAUAGAUUGGACACAUAACGAACGAUCUCUCAUUGCAUCGUCUGUCUGU